AUGAGCUCUAUUUCUAUUUUAUGUGAUAGUAUUUUUAAUAAUACACAUCCAGAAUUAUUAUCAUUACAUCAACAAGUAGAAGAAUUUCAAACAAUUUAUCAGUCUGAUGUUGAAGCAAUAUCUAAUAAUCUAAUUGAACAAUAUUCUUAUAACCAAGAAGAAUUAGAUGAAUUUAUUAUAUCAGAUGAAUCUAAUUUAAAUGAACCUAUUUUAAAUAAUGAACAAAUAGAUAAAUUUAAAAAGAUUUAUUAUAAAAAUAAAAUUGAAGAUAAUGAAAUAUAUUAG